CUGAUGCGCCACUGAGUGAUGAGGCGGUCCGUUUCACCGUAAGUGGAUACAUCAAUCUAGUUGGGUUUACUAUCUUAUAGAUAUCCACUAAUUUAACUCAGGAACCAUUUGAAGCCAAAUUGUGAUGCACUGUCGGUCGUGUUUUUGCAGUUCAAAGCAUGUAUGAUCACGUAAACAAAGCUAACAUAAAUUCGAAGAAGCCGCUUAAACUUCCUGGCUUAAGUCCUCGUAGUAGUUCAACCAAACAUGAUUGGGAUUCUGUCGGGACAAUAAAGUUCUACACUGACAAGGAUGAUGAUAUUAGUGGCCUGGAUGAAGCAAUGCGGAAUAUUAGUAUGGGUUCUCGACAGUCCAAUGAGACAAAUGGCAAAGACCCUACUUCAUAUACAACCUACAGUGAUGAGUUGAAGCAACAGAGUAAAUCAGGUGUGGAGAUUGCCAUCGAGGCCACAAGUAUUUCUGAAUCGGUUAGCCUUCUGGAUCCAAUUGAUUCAAACGAAACGGACAAAACAGUACACUGUGAUGAAGAUGAAUCUGCUGGCGUAUUCUCAUUCAGUAGUGACUCACUAAUGAGCUCAAGUACUCCUCCGAAUACUGCGGGUAUCUCUAAAAGUGGCGAUCGAAAUGCUCCUUUUUACACACAUGACUCGAAUGAUGUAUCUGCGUCAAAGUCAACCAGUCAUACUUCAUUUUCUUUAAAAUCCACUGCAGAUGACAAUCCAUUGGGCGAUGACUCUGAUCGUCACUCUCUUUCAGAAGUGUUGCCAAGUUCAUCAACGGAUUUUAAAAUCCAUAGUACAACUGUUGUCAAUAUUCCCAUUGUCAAUCAGUCUGGAAGUAGCAGUGUAUUGCUAAGUGAAUCAGAUAAAAUCACUGACUCUGUCAUGGGUAAUCAACUGGAUUCUCAUGAUAUGAAAAAGUUUUCAACAAAUUCCACUAUUGAUGUAAAAAAAGUUUCUGACGCUUCUCAAUCGUCGUCUGUCGCGAAAGUUAAAAGUGACACAUUUUUAUCCACCUCUUCUACACCUACAACUACAAACAGUGGUCAGGUUUCUAGCAAGAUUACUGAGUCUAUACAUCUACCUGCUACCAUUCCCAAAUCUAUUCCUUCUAACCCUCCUAAUUCUUCACUGGGAAAUACAGAAGUUAAACAGCGGCAUAUCAUUGCUACGUCAUCAGAGCCUCCAAAUGCUGGAAUAAAUCCAAAACACAGUCCACUUGGAACCACAAAAUCAAAACUACAGAGUUUACCCAGAAGACAUAAAUUUUCGUCUUGGAUACUAUACUCGUCUUGUGCAUUGGGUUUAUUUUCAACUUAUUGGCUAUUUAGUGGAUUCGUAUGGGGUCUAAUUAUCGGUUGCCUGCUUACAUAUACGUGUAUUUCUUUGCAUAAUUAUCUGUAUACUUCUACCGAGUGUACUAAUCAAACUCUGUGUCCUAUAUCAGGCUUACCAUUGAAUCAGUUGUGUUGUUCAUUGCAUUAUCGACAAGAACAAGAAGGCUACUACCAAGCCUCACAAUGGUGGCCAAUCUAUUCACCUGCCAUGCCAAAUAUGUCUUCUCUGUUGUCUAAUACUACUACUACUACUGCUAUCGCGAACAACAAACCUGGUAAUAAAUGUGUACAACUGAGAAAUCUACCUAAUUUCACUGUGCCAAAUAUGCUUGAAGAAGAUGUUAACAAGUCAACAUCAUCUGGUCCAUUGGGAAACAGUCUAGGCUUUAAAUAUGAUAAAAGUGGAAGACCAAUUUAUAAAGGCUGGUUAAAUGAGAUUACGAAUUAUGACCCUGAAACUCAUCAUAUUGGCAGGACAUUUUCAGUUUUUAUUACACUUGAUGGUACACAAUUACGUUUACAACGUCCUGAACACAAUAUCACCCGUCGAUCUCUGUGGAAUGAUGAGAUUCCAUCCACCACAACUAUGCGUUUUAAACAACAACGUAUUUAUGACUUAUCUGAUUCCAGCAUAACACUUCUUCCGUAUGGAUUAGUUGGUAAACGUCUGUGGAGUAGAAAGUAUCCCAUAUGUAUUACUGUCCCAUUCCAGAACAAAUCCAAGCGAAAAACUGAGAGACUUAAUUCACUGCCAUCAUCAACAAGUUUUCCGAAUAUCUUGUUAUCUACGGCUGGGGGUAAUCCAACAACCAACGAGGUAUCAGAUUUGUUAGUCGAUACAUCUGUUCCAUCAACUACUGGCGAUAUGGAAUUCCCUGAUGAUACUAGUGUCAGUGCAUUCCCGACACCGGAUAAAAAGUCUGUAAAAACUCUUUACCUGUUUGGAAGGACCUGUCGCGAGAAAGAAACAUGGUAUCGUAGACUGAAAGCUGCUUCGUUAGGUGUGCCUUUAAUAUGGACACCGCAACUGGCAGUACAAAAUUACCUGUUGGCUUCAGAUAAUACUAACACUAGCCUUCCGGAUUGUUUAAAUACUGUUACUACUUCGACUACUGCAUCUGGCGUUGCUAUCAAUAAUGAAGUUUUAAGUGAUGAUGAAAGUCGUCUUGAUGCGAACACGACAUCGAAUCCAGUAACUUGCUCGGAUUCAACAACCAAUACUACAGCUACUGCUACUACUACUACUUCUAGUUUAGGUAAUACAAAUAGCGUCGGUAGUUCAUCUAGUGUAAAUUUAUCAAGUUAUGGUGCUGCAAUGCCUGGUAGUCGUGAACCAGUUUAUGUUUCAUAUAUUCGAUACAUGGCUAAAUUUAUGCCGGCUGGUUGGCUUGUACGUAGUGCUCAAGCAUUGAAAUUGAAUGUGAAUCAGAUUAACUGUGACACGAAUAUGAUUUGGUUGAAUGCGUUAAUUGGUCGUUUAUUGUGGGAUUUUUUACGUGAAGCUUAUUGGCUAGAACGAAUAAGAAAUAAAAUUCAGGCAAAGCUGAAAAAGAUACAUUUGCCAAACUUCAUCAAUGAACUCACGGUGGUGGAUAUUGAUUUGGGUUCAGAGAUACCUGUGUUAAGACGUGUUGGAUGUCCUUAUCUUGAUGCUCAUGGACUCUGGAUCGAAAUUGACAUCGGUUAUGCUGGUGGAUUUUCGUUUGCUUUAGAAACAAGCGUUAAUUUAAUGCGUUGGAAUCAAAAGCUUCGUGAAGAAAAGGAUAAUAACAAUUCAACAGAUAAUUUAACUCAGAAUUCGCCUUCAUUGAAUGAAUCAGUACAAAGGAUGAAUUCACGCUCCACCACAAAAAUGGCUGCUUUUGUAUCUGACGAAGAAGACAGUGCUGAUUCUACAACUGACUCUGAACUAGAUGAAUCGACAAUGAACCAAAAUUCUAGUCCUACAAACAGUUUACGAUCUGGACGAAAUUUGCCCUCAGUCGGUUUGAAUACAAGUGUACUAAAGUCAGGUGAUAGUGAACGUAAUAAUCUCGAUGAGAGUGCAGUAAAUCUACAACCUGCUUUACCAUCACGUCGACGGAUUAUACGAAUUGUCGAUCGCAUCACAAAGUCGUCGUAUUUCCAGAAAGCUGUUGAUACUAAAUUAGUUCAACGAGGUAUGGAGCGUUUGUCAAAUACACCGAUUGUAUUACAAGUUGAGAUACAAAUGUUAAGUGGUCAACUAUUAGUCAACAUUCCUCCACCGCCUAGUGAUCGUCUGUGGUAUGGUUUCCGUCCUACACCAACUCUACGAAUUAAAACACGUCCUCGUGUUGGUGAAAAGGUUGUUACCAUGUCACGUAUAUUAGAAUGGAUUGAAAAGAAAAUUAUUCUUGAAUUUCAGCAUUUAGUUGUUUUACCUAAUAUGGAUGACUUGAAAAUUGGAUUACUUCUAUCCGACGCCACCUCAUCAUCAACACCAUCAUCAUAA